AUUGCUUAUAUGAGGUGGAGUUUCUGAGUUUUCUCUAUUAGAGGCUUGGCUUUGGGUGUCGUUGCUGCUGUUCCGUCGCUACACCAGUUCCUACCAAUUUCCACGAAGACUCUGUUAUCGCCAUCAUGAACCGAUUCAUAGCUUUGCUGCUGAUCUGCGCUUUUGCAGUUGCCAUUGCAGAACCCGCUGAUUUCAACAAGGACGACAAAAUUGAUGAUUUGGACAUCGAAGACGAUGGACAAUUGGAGACGCGCAAACCGCAUUACUGUGGCCAUAGACUUCUUCGGAAGUAUGCAAAGAUUUGCCACCAUGUAACCUUACACCGGCGCCCGCACCAUCUCGCUGCUAAUGAGGCCCCAUCAGCAUUUGUGGAAUCAGACGAGGCUAACAGCUUCUUGGACAAUCGUGGCAUUUCAAAGCGAGGCCUUCACGAGGAAUGCUGCCACGAGGGAUGCAGCAAUAGAGAAGUACGCAAACACUGCUAAAGAAAACACCAGAAGUGGAUCCGGACCAAACUGACUUCGUGAUACCCGAAAAGUGUACUGGUUAUGUUUGCAUUCGCUCGCAUUAAAAUUAAAUUGGUGGUGGCUUGUUUUUUUAUUACAAUUUUAAUAACUAUGAACUGACUUUUUCUUGAGGAUUGGCGUAUUCUACAUUGCCGUUUAUUUUGGCUCACGUUUUAAUAUCCAAAUGGUGUUUUUUUGUUCUUUUUGGUCUGGUUGGGGUUAUUACAAAAUAUUACAUACGUACUCACACGACAAAUUGCCGCCUAAGAAAACAAGCAUUGUAAGAAACAAACAAUCUAUGCUUUACACAUUAAUUAAAAAAAAAUAUUAAAGACAAUGCAAGUCUUUGGCAAGACUCUCUCUCAUGGGUUCAAGCAAAUCCAAGCAUCAUCACUUGAUACAGUUUUAACAUAAACAAAACUAGAGAGGAACGGGAGUUAAGUUUAGAUGUCAAUAUACGGAGAGCAUCAUUAUGUGGUGACAAUUUUGAAAGCAUAUUCGUAUAUACCAAGUAUGAUGGAUAUCAACAUUGUAGUCAGACUCUUAUUCUUCAUAACACAAAUUGAAUUAUAAUUGUUCUUGUUUUUUUUCCUUUAAUUGGCUUGGCAAUAACCUCAGUUCACUCUAUUGGGUUUUACUGAAACAAUUCUUGUUCACAACAACUUAUUCAGAUCAAACUGAUCGAGAUUAUUUUUUCCCUAUCUGGUUUUCUUGAUUUAUCUCACCAGUAACGUGCUUUAAUUCUACAAGUAGAUGACAUUAAAAGUUACAUGCAAAGCA